AUGGCGGCUCACAUCCAAGCACGGACGGCAAUGGGCCGAACAAUUCAGGUCCUGAAGGCCUCCCCUGCCCGGCCGCAAUCGACAUCAACCUCUCCUUUCCUCAUGCUCUCGCCAUCAUCCCAGCCGCGGAUGCAACAGACAUCCGCCUUCUCGACGACCCAGAACCUCUGCAAGCGCAGGAGACACAAGACGCGCGACAACAACCGCCUGCGCGGUGUUUCUACGAUCCGCCGGUCCGGCCCCCGCGAGUUCCUGUCCGUGUCCAACGACGAGCUUCCCAGGCCCCGUCCAGCAUCCGAGCUGCCGCCCGUCGAGGUGGACCCCAACCACGGCCUCUGGGACUUUUUCUACGACAAGAAGCUCUUGCAGAGCCCUGCCGAGGACUCGGCGCACGGGCGGGCGUGGUCGGUCGAGGAGCUGCGCCGCAAGAGCUGGGACGACCUGCACAAGCUCUGGUGGGUGUGCGUCAAGGAGAGGAACCGGAUCGCGACGGCGAGCUACGCACGAGAGAAGGCAGAGAUUGGAUUUGGCGAACACGAGGCUUCCGAGAGGGAUGAGGUGGUCCGAAAGACCAUGAGGGCUAUCAAACACACCCUGACGGAACGAUACUACGCGUGGGAAGAUGCUGUGGAAGUGGCCAAGUCGGAUCCCGAGAUCAACCUCUCUGGCGACGGCGUCGCCUUUACGCCUCUCGAGUACCUCGAGGAAGAGGGCUCAGAGGCCCUCGAGGAAGAAGUGGCCGAGGGUGCGUCUGGGAAGAAAGACGCGCAGAGCGUGGAUGCAUCGACCUUGGCUGCGUCUGGCAAAACCGCUGCGGACGCACCUCGUGUCUAA